AUGGCAGCACAUGAAGAAAAAAUUAAACAAGGAGUAGAACGUGCUACAACUAAAGCAAUGGCAAAGACUACAGCUAUAGCUGAUCCACCAGCAAUUAUACCUAUUCCUACACUACUUUCACCAGUUUCUGUUGGAGUUUUAGUUACUGAUGAAAUACUAGAAGUAGUAGUAUUGGUGGUGGUAUUAGCGAUUGUGCCAUUGUUAUUAGUAGCAGAAGCACUAUUUAUUGGUGUUAUCGAUGUUAACAACCUAGACGGUGACGGCGACAGCGACAACGUUGACGCUGUAUAA